AUGUCUACCACAUUUUCCCAGUCAAUGCUCUCCGCACUGGCCAUUGCAUCGUUACUGGCCCCUGCUGCAACACAGACGUGGAGUUCAUGUAACCCUCUCACACAAGGUGGAUGUUCACCAAAUCCUGCACUUGGCCGAAGCGUUGCCGUUGACUUUACAUCCGGUUCUUCGAGCGAAUUCACCGCCUCUGGUGGCCCGACCUACGAUUCCAAUGGCGCAGCCUUCACCGUGUCAAGAUCUGGCGACUCUCCCUCCCUCUCAUCCAAUUGGUAUAUCAUGUUUGGCCAUGUCGACUUUGUUGUGAAAGCAGCACCGGGAACUGGAAUCGUCAGUGCCGCAAUCCUACAAUCAGACUGCCUCGACGAGAUUGACUGGGAAUGGUUGGGAGGAGACAAUUCUCAAGCGCAGAGCAACUAUUUUGGAAAGGGUAUUACCACGACUGGCUACAAUCGAGGAGCUUUUCACGGCGCCGCAAACAACCACGAUCAGUUUCACACAUACAGUAUCGACUGGACUGCCGACCAAAUUGUAUGGAGCAUUGAUGGAAAUACCGUUCGAGCAAUGACCCAAGCUCAAGCACAGGCUGGACAAUAUCCACAAACACCCAUGUAUGUCAAAAUGGGAGCUUGGGCAGGUGGUGACCCUUCCAAUCCUCAGGGUACCAUCGAAUGGGCGGGCGGUGUUACAGACUACUCAGCAGGCCCAUUUACCAUGUAUGUGAAGUCUGUUCAAGUUACGGAUUACUCUACGGGAUCGCAAUAUUCCUACACUGGGAGUAGCGGUACAUGGGAGUCGAUCCAGUCCAAUGGUGGCCAAGUGAAUCCUAAGGGCAAUGGCACUCCAGUCUCGGCAGGCACUGCACCAGCGGUGACCUCGCAAGUCCCGGAUAGCGCACCUCUCGGAUUUGGGAACAACGCCAACAGCGAUGCUGUUACUGCAACUCGAACAGGCUGGCCAUGGACCGGAACAGCAACGGCGACAGUCGUGACUGCGAUAUCUUCCCCGGUUUCGCCAUCUGCGCCAGUCUCGCCGUCACGGUCGGCUUCAGCUUCUGCUCUUACAGUGUUCACUUCUUGGGAUAAUCAAGGAUUUCUCACCACUGUGACGACAGAUGCUGCGGCCCUGACUGCUUCUGUCAGCUAUGACGGCCAAGGAUUUCCCAUUACCAUUAUUACUUCAGCAGAAAUUUCAACCCAACUUUCAUCAGCAGCACCGGCGGUUGAAAGUUCGGUGUCAAUCAGCUCUGUAGAACCACAAACAGCGAGCCUGAUUACAUUGGCCGCGAGCUCAGCAGUGAUUGUCAGUGGGACCCAAAUCUCUGGAUCCAGUAACACAGGCUCGACUUUGUCCACGCUCAUCGCAGGAGGGAGUUCUAGCGGCACUGCAACUCUUGCUACUGGCUCUACUCAAUCUGCAUCCACAUCAAGCGGCAAUGCUGCUAGCAAUACAGCUUCAUCCUCCACUGAAUCUGCAUCGAAAUCAUCAAGCAGCAAUGGCGCCAGCAAUACGGCUUCAUCCUCCAAUCUAUCCGCAUUGGAAUCAUCAAGCAGCAAUGGCGCCAGCAAUACCGCUACAUCAGACAAUCCUAUCACAUCCACAACUACCGGCAUUGGCUCCACAUCUUCGGAUAACACAGCGACCUCGGGGUCUGGAUCAACUAUUUCCUCAAACGCCUCUUCUACGACAGCUCUGAGCAGCGCCUCGGGUACUGGCGAAUCAAGCACAAGCCCAAGUGGGACCAAUCAAAGCACACUCGGUUCUACUCCUCCUUCUUCCUCCGAAUCGAUUACAACAUCGUCUACAAACGCUUCUGGGUCCACGACCCGAAGUGACUCAACGCUGGUUACCUCGACGCAGACGGGUGCUUCAACAUCUGCGAUGAGUGGAACGCCACCAGCACCCAACCACGCAACACGAGAGCGGACUUUUAAGCCCCCUAUGGCAUUGCUUGGCUUGGUCGCAUUUUUUCUUAUCUGA